CUGUGCUACGGUUAGGACCGUGACGACUAUCUCGUCAUAUUUUCGAACGAACGAGAGAGAUAGAUAGAUAGAUAGAUAGAUAGAUAGAUAGAGAGAUAAAGAGUAAGAGAGAGAGAGAGAGAGAGAGAGAGAGAAUCAAAGUGUUACCUCGAUCGUCAUCAAAAGAAGAAAAAAGAAAAAGAAGAAAAAGAAGAAAAGAAGGAGGAAGAAAAAGAAUAAACCUUCGUCCUGCCUGUGUCUGUCUCACUCUCUAGUCCUCCUUUUCUAACUCACGAUCGAUCUCAAUCUCUAUCCUUGUCUAUCCUCCGGCGACCGGCGACCUUUCCAACCCUCCAACUCCGAUCUUUUUCGAUCUUCUUGUGUGAAUUUUUCUGUCUGAACGGGUGUAAGGGGGAAAUAAGAAGAGCGGACAGAUAGAUGGAUAUAUAGAUAUAUAUAUAUAUAUAUAUAUAUAGAUAGAUAGAUAGAUAGAUAGAUAGACAGAUAGAUAGACACAUAGAUUGAUAGAGAAAGGGAAUAUUGGAUUUUUCGAGGAUACAUAUAGAAGAGAGAGAGAGAGAGAGAGAGAGAGAGAGAGAAAGAGAUAGUAUCAGUUCGGUUUUUGUGGUUGUAUAAGAAGUGACACAAUUAAUCGGGAUAAAGAAAGAAACAAAAAUAAAAAAAAUCGAAAGAAGCCGAAAGAUAAAAUAGAAAAGUAAAUAAUCGACGAUUUAACAACAAUCGGCUGGUUAGUUUUGGAGAAACGAUGAUGACGAUGGCGGUCUUCUGGUAGAGGCAGGACUUUCCUCCUCCAGGAUCGCGAGAAAUGGCGUACGGAAUAUCCUUUGAAGCUACUCUCAGCGGCACUGUACUUUUCCUACUGGUACUGCUACAGGCGGCACUGGUGUGGGAGGAGGUACGAGCCGCACCGGCAAAGAGAAACGACAUACUAGCUGGGACGGAGUUCCUUUCUGUCUUCAUAAACGGCGCUAUGGCGCCGGCGCCACAACGGCGACGAGGAUUUCGUCGAGGUGGUCACUCGUCAUCGUCGUCUUCUUUGUCUUUGCCGUCUUCGUCGUCGUUAUCGUCGCCAUUAUCAUCGUCAUCGUCAUCGUCGUCGUCGUCGUCGUUGUCGUCGUCAUCGUCGUCGUCGUCUUCGGCUUCGUCUUCGUCUUCGUCGGGUGACAGCGUUAGCUCAGAGUCACAACACGAAGCUUCGAUAUACAGAAUCUCGAGGAAUCCAAGUGGCCGAAUAGGUGGCAUCGCUAGAACAUCGCAAAAUUCAUCAGGCGGACGUAAUCCCGACGAGAUCGUUCGUUUUUAUCCAAUAAGCCGUGAAAGAACAUUCGACAAUGGACAACAAAAUUUGGCCUCGCUGAUCGACGAUCUCAGUAUGGCUACGAGCUUCUCGCCGAAAGUUAACAGCAACAACGACAAUAACAAUAAUAAUAAUAAUAAUAAUAAUAAUAAUAGUAGUAAUAAUAAUAAUAAUAAUAAUAAUAACAAUAAUAAUAAUCAUCAAUCGUCCAGGUCGAAUGGUACCAGCAAUGUUAGCAAUCACAGAGGAACUAGCAGGCAAAAGGUUAUAGGCGUGAGCGUAACUUCGACGGUCGAGGCUACCCCAUACAAAGUCAGAGUUGAGCAUUACGAUAGCUCUGACGCUGGUAUAAUCACCAGGCCGCCUACUUUCAUUUCGACGCCUAAGAAAAAUUCCGAUAGGUUUACGUCUAGGACUACUUCUUCACGGUCGGUAACCGAGAGAUCUACUUCGCCAACAUCUACGAGUCCAACGCCAAGUAGGACAACUACAACCGUGAUGACACCUUUACCGGCUCGUUUGGUUACCGAGGAACUAACUAAUAUAGUCUCGGAAUCAAAUAGAAGCGAAUUCACUGUCGACGAGAGUUUGCCGAGAACAAGCUGGCGUCAUCGGAGUGGAUCGAUCACUCCAAGAACAACGAGCAAACAUACCUCGGUAUAUGGAUCGUCCGAUAAGCAACGUUUGGAAAGCAGUACUAUAUUGGAUAAUGAUAAUCUAUCUGGUACAGCCGAGGUAACUGAAGAAAAUUAUGAACUAUCCGAGGAGAAUUCUGAGCCGCAUGAAAUACACGAGGAACCAAUGGAAAUAGAUUCGGAACAAUUACAGCCUCAGGGUAGGAAAGCCGGUAGACAUUACGAGGGUUCUCACUUUAAUAGAGCCAAUUCGAAAUACGGCCAAUCGUCGAAAGGUUUCAAAUCGUCCCGACAAUAUAGCAGUGAACCCGCUAAGGUAUACAGCGAACCUUCGAAGGUUUAUGGUGAACCGGAAAAAGUCUAUGGCGAGCCAGCUAAGGUCUAUGGUGAACCAUCGAAGGUUUAUAGCGAACCAGCCAAAGUCUAUAGUGAACCAGCUAAGGUAUACGGAGAACCGUCUAAGGUUUAUGGCGAGCCUGAAAAAAUCUAUGGUGAACCAUCGAAAGUUUAUUCGGAACCAUCGAAGAUCUAUUCCGAACCGGCCAAAGUAUAUUCCCAACCAUCUAAGACCUAUGGCGAACCUAGCAAAUUAUAUGAUUCGGAAGGGCAACCAUUGAUUAGAAGAAACGAACACGUGUCAGGUGAUGAACCUGACGAGGAAAAUUAUGAGGUCGAUGAAUCGGUCAGUGUCGGUAGCAAUGGCAAAGCUUAUGGUCCCCAAUUGACUAUAACCGAGGCACCAAAUUCUUCGGACGUUGAAGAUGGCCACAAGGUUGGUUACGUCGAGGAAGGUCGCAAUUAUCACAAGUACAGAGUUGAAGAAAGGACACCUGAUGGUUUCAUCGUUGGUGAAUAUGGCGUCGUCAGUCAUGACGAUGGCUCGCUCAGAGGUGUUAGAUACACCGCUGAUGGUACCAUAGAUCCUAGACUGAUCUACGACGCGCUUAUGAAGUUCCUGGCUCUCUGAGAAUCGAAAAGAAAGAUGAUGGAUAUGAAAGAAAAGGGGAAGGCCUUUUUUUCCCUUGGGGGAGAUUUAUUAAAAAGU